UCUGAAUUGCAGUUCCUUAACAGCGAAGUCAAUAUUAACAAGCAAGUGAAGCGUUUAUGCGUUUUUAUUUUUCGUUUAUUUUAUUCUGAUUGUGCUUAGGUCAACUUUAUUCAACAGUGACAUUGUUUAACAGAUGGAUCAAGUCGUGUGUUCGUAUUUUUGAGGUGGUAUGGGGUUAAGAGGGGCGUGGCUUUUCAUUGUACUGCCUAUAUCUCCGCCUUUGGACUCCACAAUAAGUGCCCUUAGAAGGAAAGCCUGUCAGACUGUAAAGUCGGGAGCUUUUCAGUGCUCAGAGUGGCUGUAAAUUCCUCAAUAGUUAGAAGAAAAAAAUAUAAAAAUAAAAAAAGGGAUUAAAAAACACUUCUGCUUAGUGUGGUCAUAGUCGUUGGGCGUUUGCAGCCUAUCAGUAUCUUGGGAUAAUCUCCAAGAAGCCAAUCUAUUUGAUACCGACCGAGCCAAAGGGGAGCUGCGCGCUCCGCCGCGGAUGACAGAAGCAUGGAGAUGCUGCGCCGCUCCUCCGUGUUUGCAGCCGAAGUCUUCGACCGCUCGCCCUCCGACAAGGAGCUGGUGUCCCAGGCUAAAGCCCUGUGCGGGGACUACAUCCACUCCAGGCUGAACCGGGCCGGGAUCGGACUGUCGAAGCCCGAACACGGACUGGCUGCGUCAGGUGGUUCUCUUGGAGAGAUAUCGUCGGUCCUCUUAUGGCUGGGUGAUGAGUUGGAGUACCUUCGUCCCAAUGUGUACCGCAACGUAGCGAGGCAGCUGAACAUCACAGUGGCAUCAGAGAGUGUGGUGUCUGAUGCGUUCCUGGCUGUUGCAGCAGACAUUUUUUCCACAGGUUUGGGUGUGACAUGGGGGAAAGUGAUUUCCUUGUAUGCAGUGGCGGGGGCCUUGGCAGUGGACUGCGUUCGACAUGGUCAUCCCGCAAUGGUCCACACCAUUGUUGACUGCAUGGGGGAGUUUGUUCGCAAGAGUCUGACUCCAUGGCUAAAACGGCGAGGGGGCUGGAUGGAUGUUACAAAAUGUGUGGUGAAUACUGAUCCAAGCUUCCACUCUCACUGGCUAGUGUCUGCUGUUUGUGCAUUUGGACACUACCUGAAGGCUGUUGUAUUUGACCUCCUAAGAGAGAAGUUAAAAGACUGAGUCACACGAUGGAGUGCAGAAACGAUAGACCAGCACAGUACCACAACCGUUAAGCAUCCAUGGUUUUUGGAGUAUGUUUACACUAAUUUGCACUGAACCUUUGUCAAUGAACACAUACCUAUUUCACAGACCCGAACUUUCAUUCUUUCAUAGGCUUUCUUUUGUCUAUUUAUUAUUAAUGCUUAUUUUGAGGCAUGUAUGAUGUGAAUGUACACAAAUGCACUCUUUAUGCUUUUUAAAAUAUUUGUUUUAACCUUUUUUUCCCACAGACUGUAGAACCUCAUGUUUUUCUGCCUGUAUGGUGCUGACCUAGUGAAAAUAAAUACUAACUGCUUUACAUUUAUAUGCAAAGUUAGAAAGUUCUUAAUAAUGAUGGAUAUGAGAGACAGUACAAAAUUAUGUGCAGAGUCUUUAAUGAAAGUCCUAGUCAGAAAAUUUUACUUUGUUAUAAAGAAAAUCAAUCCUCUGUUUCACUGUUUUAUAUUUCUCAUCAGAAUAGCUUAUCACUGAUCUUAUACAAGUUUUUCAGCUACAACAUGUAGAAAUGUAAAGCUAAAUGUCUCAUUAUAGUGACAGCUUGUAUGUAGUUUCCGGUUUUAAUACUCCUCUUUUACUACUUUGUUUAGGCAUAAUUGACUUAAACAUGGGCCCAAAUUGGAUAUCUUAAAUUGAUGAAUUUUUUCCUCUUUUUCGUGAUAAUGGCACAAUGGCACAUUUUAGUUUUCUCAAAAAAGAGGAAAACAUUGAAAAGAAUUAUUAGAAUAGUCGUCCUGUCUUCAAAGUUGUAUUCUUUGUUGAUGGGAAGUCAUUCAAAGCAGUUUCUCAUCCAUCUCAAUUCUUCAUGGUGAGGCUGCGUAUUAUAUUGCUCUAUUGCUUUUUUCAGUAAUUUAAGUCACAGCAUGUCACUAUGAGCACUUUUUAUACAGUUGGUUGGUUAGUAGAAUUUAUUCCAUGAAUAAUUGUACUUUUGCAUGGUACAUAUCACCGAGCGACAUACAAAAUACUUUGUCAGUCAUCUGUAAUUGUUAAUAUUGUCUUUAAUAAAUGGUUCAAAGAAGUGUAGUA